GGCAACUGCGCACAUCAUUCGAAGACUCUCAUCGCCUGACGACGCUUCUGUGCACGCUUCAAAAAACAAAGAGAUUUGUAAACGAUUCAAGGCGUUUACGAGGUUGAAAAAUACACAACACGCGAAUCUGCAUUCCAGAGCUUCUGACAUUCUGAGUUCACAAUCAGUUCAACAUCCACAAUGAUGUCUGAGACGGUCAGCUUCAAAGUAUUCUUGUCCAAAGAGGAGGACCCCAUCGACGCUAAGCCCGAAGUUAGGAGAUUCGGCAUCGAUAAGGACGUAGUGACGAAUUUUCUCUACCUGAACGAGAAGCUGCAGUCCGUCUUCGCGGCGCUCCGCUCGCGGCGUUUCACCAUCUCUUGGAAAGACGCUGACGGUGACAACGUCAUUGUAUCCAGCGACGAGGAGCUCAGAAUUGCCUUAUCCGAAACUGCUGAGCAAAGCAUUCGCAAACUGUACGUCGUCCUGCACUCCGAGUACCCAGCUGAGAAUGCUCAGCCGGACGCCGAGCAGCCACAGGCCAUUCACAUCGACAUAAUUUGCGACGGAUGUGAGAAGGAUGUCCAUGGAUUUCGUUACAAGUGCAUCCAAUGCCCAAACUAUGACCUGUGCGCGGAUUGCGAGUCCAAGGGACUUCAUCCGGAGCACUGUAUGAUACGCAGUCCAGUCCCGUUGCAGUGGAACCCCCACGUUGGACGUCGACUAUCGCACUUCAUGUACAAGUUAGCCAGAAAGAAUGGGCGGACUGCAAGAGAUACAGAUUUGACAAAGUGUCCCUAUAAGAGGGUAAAGUUUACCCAUAACUCGCACGCUGGGAGACCGGAGGCGGAUAGACCUUCUUGGCUGGACACUGUAACUGCCUACUUGAACGAAUGGGCUCAACUUCCGUCAGAAGGAAGCUGCCCAAUGAAAGAACAACCUGGGCAGAAGGUGGGUGAAGAAUCUAAGACUGAAACUGAGGACAAGCGAAGGAUCAAUCGACAGGCAGAGCUUUUUAAGAAUGUCGGAGAGAAUCUAGCCAAUCUUUUGAACCCAUUGAGUAUCGACGUUGAAGUUUAUCCCGAGGCUCCCAAUGCAGCUGGGAAGGCUCCUGCUGGUGGUAACGCAAAAACCCCACCUGAGAACAGCCCACCUAGUACUUCGGCACACAAAUUUCCUGGGGAAGGAAAGAAGCUAGUUGAUACUGCAUCGACUUCUGAGAACCCUGUACAUCAGCCUACUGCCGAUGUUUCCGCACCUAUCGACAAACCUAACAUGGAAAGCGAGGAGUGGACACUGCUUAAUCAACAGGAUACCCCGGUCUCUUACGUUACUGAAGGAGUUUCGAGCAUCAGUUUGUCUACUGGAGCCGUACCUAAAGUGCCGUCAACAACUGUUCCGACAGCUUCUGCACCAGUUCCGAUAUUGGCUUCUACAGUAGCUACGAAACCAAUCUAUCCCAAAUUGCCGCAACAGGCAGAGGCUCCGAUCCCAAUUUAUCACCCCGACCCAAACAUCCAACGCGCUGUGGUUGCAAUGAUGCAGAUGGGUUUCACAAACGAAGGCGGAUGGCUUACUCAGCUGCUGGCUUCCAAAAAUGGUGACAUUAGCAAGGCUCUGGAUAUUCUGCAACCAGUUCGUCCCGGCAAUAGCAAGCAGUAAAAAAAACAUGACGAAAGUAGUGGUUAAUCGUUGACGACUAAACUGCUAAUUCAAUAACGGUAUAUGUUUGAUAUCUAUGAUGUGCAUAGUUUUUACUGCAAUUUUAUUACUUUUACCGUUUAUAUUGUACGUAAAUACCGAAAAAAAGCAUUCCCUUUUGUUUGCUCAUGUUUUACUGUGAGAAAUGAUAAUAAUUCCUGCAAUGGUGAUUGUAUUGACUUUGUUUUCUGAUUCCUAAAAUAUAAACAAAGCAAAAAGCA